AUGAAGCUGAGCGGCCUCCCGGCGCCCACUGUGGUCUUCCUCCUGCUCUUUCUCCACUUGGCACAGCCUGGAUUCCGCAAGGCUAUCAGGAAACCCGGCUAUUGCCCAGAUUUUUUUCUUUCGUGCCCUUUCAUCCUCUUACCUCUGUGCCGGCGCGAUAGAGGUUGCAGUGGGUCCAAGAGGUGUUGUGUCUACAACUGCAGAUGUCAGUGUACGGAGCCGUGGCCGACUUUGGACUGAGGUAGAAACCCCUCCUUAACCAGGCUUGAGAAUAUGCUGGGGAGCCCAGUCUCAGACUUGGAUAACUGAGCUCCAGUUCUUCCCUGCUUACCUCAUUCCCAAGACUUCCUUUUAUCAAGAGUUAAAUGCUUCUUCAUAUGAAAAUGACACAAAGAAAUAAAGUGUUAUGUAUUUAAAACUACAUGAAAAUCUAUGACUCCUGAGUCUCUCUCCUCUCCCCCGCCCCCUUUCUCUGUCUUCAGCCUUUGGUGGGGGACCCUUUAGGGUUUGUAAGAAAGAAUGGGGUUACUGUUUCACAUUUAGUCUUGACCAGUUCCUGCACUUCUGUUUUUCUGAUAGGUUUUUAAUGUCUCCUGACACUCAGAUUCUCUGUUCAUUAAAUUCUC